AUGCUGCCACCCAGCAUCCAGAUCCACGAGGGACCUGGCCAAGUUGUUGUCAAGCUCGCUGACGGGUUACCACGCCGCGUAUCGCGGCGCGAAGUGUCUUUGCCGUACACGUUUGACGGCUUUCGCAGUAACGACAAUUUCUUGGUGAUUGAAAUAAAUUAUUCAUUCGAUUGCAUCCUGGGCAUGCCAUGGUUGGCACGCUAUAAGCCCCAGAUCGACUGGUUAGCCAGAUCAGUGAGACGUCGAAGCAAGUUCGACGUCAGCGAAGUGUUCACCCAUCUCUUGGUGUCUCCAAGUGAUUGGCCGAACGUAACAGUAGUGGAUCGUACAUCCACGACACCGGCGGUACACAGAGUGAGCGAUGGCCCUCUCUGUACCGCUUGUUCCGUGCCCCUACGCACGAGUGAUGAUGUCUCCUCGCUUUGCAGCGAGGAGUCCGACGUGGACGAACAGUGGCUCCCGCCUAAUGACGACGCGGACGAGCAGUGGCUCCCGCGCGACGACGACGCGGUCGAACAGCGGUUCCCGCACGAGAGAGCAGUGGUCGAACACGAACAAGUGUUCCCACCUGCACCUAUUGUGGUCAAGCAGAGGCUCCCACAAGGGCAAGAUGUGGCCGAGCAGGGGCUCGCCACCGAGUGUGACGUAGAUGGACACGAGUCCCCACGUGCGAACAUGAUGGUCGAACAGGGGUUCCCAUCGUCGCCUACUGUGGUCGAACAGAGUUCCCACAUGAGCAAGACGUGGUCGAGCAGGGGCUCCCACACGAGUUUGUGGCGGUAG